GAAAUAUCUGAUUUGGAAGGAAAAAUGAUUGAAAAAAACCGUAUACAAACUCGAUAUGCAAUUGACUUAUUCGCAAAUAAAAUCUUCAAAGAAUCGAUGAGAGAAUUUAUAAAAUUGGAAACAGAUCCAUGCGACGUCAUUAGGCUUUUUCCCAAUUUGUUUCCCAAAGACUCUGUUGCAACGAAGCUAAAUCAGUCUGCAUUGGCAAAAUCGAAUCUACCGGUUUUAAAUGGUAAAGAUCUUGAAAUGGCUUUACUCGCAUUGAUAGAAUAUCUAACUGAGGUUCGUUUCAAUAUGCUCCGGAAAAUGCAGAAUACAGAAAAAAAGACCCACAGUAAAAAUUCAAACUAUCUGCUGUCCAUCAUCGAUACCACAUUAUUAAAAUGUUACCUGCAGACGAAUGACUCGUUGGUAGCGUCGGUAAUUCGUAUGAACCAUUGCCACUUGGAUGAGACGGAGAGAAGUUUGCUGACUUUCAAAAAGUUUGGCGAACUCAUCAUUUUGUACCAAACGAAGGGUCAUCAUAAGAAAGCAUUACAGCUGCUGCAAUCUCAAGCUGAAAUUCCGAGUUCAAGUCUAUUUGGGCACGAACGCACCAUUCAAUACCUUCAACAUUUGGGCAAUGAACAUAGACAUUUGAUAUUCGAAUUUGCCGGCUAUGUUAUAGAAAAAAGUCCAGAAGAUGGCCUUCGAAUAUUUACAGAGGAUGUACCCGAAAUUGAAAAUUUACAUCGCGCAGAGGUGCUCGAUUAUUUGUUGAAAAACCAUAAAAGCCUUGUAACGCCAUAUUUGGAACAUAUAAUUUUUGUGUGGAAUGAAAAAAAGGCCCUAUUCCACAAUAUUUUAAUUCAACAGUAUCGCGAAGCUUAUGCUGAUAUAAAAAAUAGUACCAACGGUGGUGACAUAAAGCAAAAGGAAUUCGCCAGUCAGAAUAUACGUGAUAAGUUGGUUAAUUUCCUGAAUAAAUACAAUUAUUUACAUGCCGAAACCGUACUCAAAAAUUUUCCAGAAAACGAUUUAUUCGUGGAGCGAGCAAUCAUUCUCGGAAAGUUGAAGCGUCAUGAAAAAGUCCUUGCGAUUUAUAUCCAAAUACUUAAUGAUGUUCCGAAAGCAAUUGCUUAUUGUGAGGACGUAUAUGAAUCAUCAGAUCCAGAUGCUGCGAAAAAUAUUUUCAUACAGUUAAUUGAAAUUCUUCUAAAACCACCCACAAUGCCACCAUACACGGGAGUUGAAUUACACUCAAGUUGUUUGCAGCCUAAUGUGGAAGCUGUACUGGAGCUACUUGAGCAUCAUGCUAUCAAGUUGAAUCCAUUUCGCGUCCUUCAAAUUCUUCCAAACGACAUUCCAAUCGUUCGUUUAAGACCAUUUUUGGAAACAGCUUUGCAUCAUUCACUUGAGCGCAGACGCAAUAAUCAAUUACUGAAGGGAUUGCUAUACGCUUCUAACAUACAAUUGCAAGAACAACGCAUGAAUGUGGAAGCGAGAAGUAUUUUGGUAUCGGAAUUCAGUGUGUGCCCAGCAUGUUCGAAAAAAUUCAUGAAUCAGUCUGCAUUUGUGCGCCAUCCAAAUGGAACUAUUGUUCACUAUUCGUGUCGGGAACGAAACUAUCCCAAUUGAAAUAUUUUUGAAUAAACUGUAAUGAAUUCAUUACACCGUGCAACACAUCUCUGCACACCUGGACACUUUGAAUGCUCGAUGAUGAAGGGCCAAAACCCAAACAAAACUGCAUUAUUAGUUUGUUCGGGUGACGCCUAAAUAAGAAAGUUAUCGAAGUUGGCGAAUUUUGAGUAUUAUUGGAUUUUUCGAAAAUUGACCUUUUCAUUUUUUAUUCAAUAGCUCGGCCAAUAUUGAUUUUAGUACCUUACUGUCUUCACCAAAAUUGUAGCUAAGAAUCCAAAUAACAAAUUUUUGAACAAAUUAUACGAAGAAAAUGGCAUCUAAGUGAGUUGUGGGUCGAAAUGUCGAAAAAAAGUUUCUAGUUUUUCUCAUUUUUUCGACCAUAACUCGUGAAAUAUCCAUUUUUUUGUUUUCUAUUUUCAGCAUUAUUGUAGCCAGUGUUUAAUUGAACAACUCUUCUGAAAAUAUUAACCCAAAAAAUCACAUUUAGCCAACUUUUUUGGCUCAAAGUCACUUGUAGCUACCAAACGAUAUCAUCGAGCAUUUUCGGAGUUCUAUAACUUCUCAACUACUCGAAAUAGAGCAAUAGUUUCUGAAGCAACUUUUUAGUACUUCUCAAGGGCUUUGCAGACAAAGUACUAAAAGUACUAAAAAGUACUAAAAAGUACUAAAUCCUCUCAAUUUUCCUUUUUUUCGACA